AAGAGAUUGCGGAAAAUUGAAGAUCGCCGCAGCCGAAGCCCAGUACGGAAACGACAUCGGAGAGUAGUGUCGUCUUUGUCUUCAUCGUCUCAGUCGUCGGAGUCCUCUCUGUCAUCUAGAUCAAGGACUCCCCCUGGUUCGAAUAUAAUGGAUCGGUCCGGGGGCCACGCUUCAAAUUGCACGGUUUCACCGAUUUGUUUACCUUCGGCUGGAUUUCCAAAAGGCCAACGAAGAUAUACCACCGGACUCCUGGCUUUUCGGCGAAAACUUGGAGGAGCGUCUCAAGGCUUCCCACAGCUUGGAGAUGUCCGGGAAAACCAUAAAACCAAAGCCGGCAAAAUCGGUUCGUAAGAAGUCUUUAAACUCCUGUGCCCCAUCUCGACAACACCGAGCAACUCGUCGGGAGGGGGUCCAAUAUCAAGCUCAGCAGCGCUCGGGGUUCAAGCCACCACUGCGACACAAAAGUCAGGAAUUUCGCAGCAACAACAACCCUCAACGCGGAUGAACAAAUCGCAGUUGGCAAUGAAUCCAACCUCUGAGGUGCGUGUCGCUGGUAGGCUUAAACAUUUCUACCCCAAUUGGCUUAGGGUUUGUCAGGAUAAAUUAGUCCUUAGUUGGUUUAAAGGUUUAAAGUUACCAUUUAGACAUUAUCCUAAACAACAAAAUUUUGCAGUUACCUCAUGGUCACUUCAGGAUCAAGCUUCUAUCCAAGUUUGCAUAGUUAGAUUACUACUAACAGGAGCCAUUACCAUGGCUUCGGCGAGUGAUAAGCAGUACAUAUCUAAUAAUUUUCUCAGGCCAAAAAACCAUGGCUCUAAUCGUCUCAUUCUGAAUCUGAAAAAUGUCAACAGACAUAUACAUUGCAGCCAUUUUAAGAUGGAAGAUAGUCGCACUGUAAAGAAUUUAGUCCGCAGGAACUGUUUCAUGUGUAAGGUGGACUUAAAAGAUGCGUAUUUUCUAAUAUCAGUGCACAAAAAAUACAGG